AUGCGGCCCGUGGGCCACGGGUUGCCAACCCCUGGCCUAGAGCAAGGGCCAGGUCAUCGGGGGAAACCACUCACGGUCUGUCUGAUCCUACUGUUCUCGCAGUACCUCAGCAAAGUCGACGUUCCGAUGAUCGCUUACAAGGAUAAGAAGUGGAAGGUUUUCCAGUAUCCCCUCUUUAAGCUCUUCUCUGUUGGCAGCAGACUGGUCCUCCAGACAACCGGACUUCUGAUGAUCGUCCUGGGGAUCUUUGGAAAAUUUGGAGCAGUUUUUAUCACCAUACCAGACCCAGUCAUUGGAGGAAUGUUCCUCGUUAUGUUUGGAAUGAUCGCAGCAGUGGGGAUAUCCAACCUCCAGUACGUGGACCUCAACUCGUCUCGUAACCUCCUCAUCCUCGGCUUCUCCACCUUCAGCGGACUGGUUCUACCAACCUGGUUUCACUCCAACCCCGGCAUCAUUGACACAGGUGAUUUUCAGACAUACAUUCACUAA